CGUUAGGUUGGGUUAGAUUAGACCUUAAGCUUUUUAUAGGUAACAUAGUCACAAGUCAAACUGCAUCUAUUUCUUACAAAUAUACAAGUUAUUAUGCAAUUAUUGUUUUUACGCAAUAUACAGGAAACCUUGUGGUUCGAUAACUUGAGGUCGAUGUGGUUUUUGCCGAAAUGAUAAGUAUGGGAAACUGAUAACAAAAAUAAUCAGUAUGUUGUACUACUAAAUAUAUAUAAAUGUCAAGUUAUCUGCAUUACACAUUACUUCAAUGUAGUAUGUCAUCGCUCCAACUUUGCUUGCCUUUAAACAAAUUGAAUAAGCUGAACACUAUUAUUUCUUCUUAUUAUAAUCUAACAAAAUCCAAAAAAGGAUGCAUUCAAUCACAGUUUGGAAAUUGGCGCGACGGCCAAACUACAACACUAACAUCAACCACAUAUACCCGUACUCAGAGGUGCCCUACAUCGGUGAAUACAAUCUAAUCAGACUACCGCUAUCUUCGACCAAUCUGAUCGACCAUGUGGAUUAUUGGGGCGAAGGCAAAAUCGAGUCUGAAGCGGGUGUCAGCGGCUUCGCAAACUGCUACAACGUGAACCAUCAGUAUCAGCUUGUCAGCAACGGACCGGACACCAACAGGAAAAUACCCAAUCGCAUCCCUGUCAUCAGCUACACCAACUGCAACACUGCUAGCUAUAUUAAAGAUAACAGCGUAAAGCUGGUCACUCUAAUGGGUGCUCCCAUAAACAAAAGCUGCGCUAAGGAUAUUGCAAGAAUGGUUAAUUUUGACACUGGCAGCGUCGUAGUAUUUGGAUUUGAAAAUACGCAAGCAGAUAUUAAAAAUCUUAAUGAAGAAUUACAUGUGAAAGGGCUUCUUUAUUGUCAUGGUUACCAACUUCCAGAAAGGCUACAAGGCUUGACACUCUUCGGAGACAACAGCCAUAGAGCGUACACUAAUUUAUCUGAAAUGGGCGAACAGUUACGUAAAAGAGUUGUAGCAGGUAAUUACGACAGUGCAGUGAAUCUCAGUUUAACUUUGGAUGGAAGUGGUAAUGGAUCUGCCAUAUCCGACGUCGUACGGAAAUUAUUAGAGAACGGAGUUAAAAACACAAUGGAGUUUGCUUAUAAGCUUUGGAACAGUUCUAAUGAUAUUGUUAUUAACUGCUUUCCGAUAACCUUCAAAUUAAUCUUCAAAAGUAGUUUCGUUAAAAUAAUGGGCAAGAAGAACUUUAAAGCUGUCAAAUUAAAUGCUAAGAGCGACAAGACUUUUGCGUGGUGCGAUAGCAAGGAUAAUAACAGCAGUGUAGUUCGUUGGGAACUAUAUCCGAUUUGGGAACACGACAAACUCUUUUUCAAAAUCAAGAACACAGAGGAAAACUUAUUUCUUAAGAUAGACGACAACGAAGAAAAUGGGAACAGAAAGAUUUGGGGCUCAGAAGUUUCCAAUGGUCUGCAAUAUCAAUGGGCACUGGAACCUUUUAAGGUUGAUGAUGAUUUGCUGUUUCACAUCGUCGACCGUAAAUUUAACUAUAAGUGGAAAGCGGAUAUAAGUCCAGAGUCUUACCUCUAUGGUAGUGCAGACGACAAAGAUUUGGACGAUUUUAAAUGGUUCAUAGCUCCAUGGCAACAAUGAUAAAUCAUUAUUUAAUAAAGUAAACGUGUAAGGAGAUUAAAUAACAUAUUGGUUAAAUAUAUGUAUGUGUGAAAUUGCUAAUUGAAAUUUCCUAAGCUGUUAUGAUUGUAUUAAAAAUAUAGACAUGCUGUUUAUUGCUAUUUUUAGAAAUUUCUAUUUAAAUGACACUAUUAACCAUUAAUCGAGCAUGAAAACUUCAAAUUGAGACUUAAGUGAAUAUAGAAACGGAAGUUGGUAUAAUCCUUAUUAGCUAAAUCAACAUCGUAGCGAUGUAAACUGCUAAAUAAUUCAUAAAGCGGGCAUCGCCCGGCAAAUCACCCGCUUUCUUUAAAAUGUUUACGAAUCUGUCAAUUCAGUAGCAAGGCGCGAUAUGGUAUUUGAUUUUAGCUCGCUGAUUAUUUUCAUUAAUAUAAAUACAGCUUUUAAUGAAGUUAAUUAAGUAGUAGUAAAAUUAACUUUAUAAGAGGAAUGAAAGAGGAUCGGGCUGCCAAAAGGACGUUCAUGGGAAGACCGACUGGUGGCCGCCCGGUGGGUCGGCCAAGAUACCGCUGGGGAUACAAAGUUGAAGCGAAUCUGCGGCAGCGUCAAGCCGAUUAUUGGCAGGAAACGGCGCAGGAUCGGGAAACGUGGCGUGCUCUUGUUUAGGAGGCCAAUACCAAAAUAUAAAAACUAUAUAUAUCUAAAAAACAAUAAAAAUUCAGAAAUGUGUUCUACAAAAAGUCUACUUUUUUACAAGUCAAUACAACAUUGUCAGUAACGUCAUAGUGUCAUGAAAAAUAGUUACAUAGCCAUUUAUAAAUAAAUACAAUAACCAAUACCUGGGUAAACAUUACAUUACAAUAAUCUUAAAA